AGAAGAUCUCCCUCUCUCCCUCCUCUUGUGCGACUAAAGCCACUAGGGCGCCUUCGUUUUCCAUCUCAUCUUAGACGGUGAGGGAGGGGUAGAGGCGGAUGGCCAUGGGCUGUCAUUUCGUGCUAUAGUGGUUGUUGUGGUUGAUUGUGUCGCAUUGGAGUCUAACAGGAGCUUAAUGAAGAUUUUGGGGAUCUGGUGGUGGUAUUGAGAUGAUAAGUGAAAGACGGGAUUUUUUGAGGUACUUUGCGAAAGGAAGAGGAAUAGAAAGCUUCAAGUGUAAAAAAGGGAUGCUGUUAUGAAUUAUGAUGCAUUUCAUCAACAUGGGCACAUUUUCACGCACUCCUAAGGAGGUAAAUAAUGGUGCGGAUAUUGUUUGGCUUGCUGUUAUCUCAACUCAUUGGACUUUUAGGAAUAACAAGUUGUUCAAAGAUAUUGAGUUUGAUGAGAAUGGAAUGUUUGAUAUCAUUUAGGUGUCAGAUUGGUUGAUAAACCCUGUGGAGGAGAAGGAGACGUGCUGUUACAUUGUUAAGGAGUGGGAAGUUACUGUGUUUCAAUUGUGGAUGAACCAUAAUGUUUUUGUUAAGGUUUUGACUUUUGAGUUACUUGUCUUUGGAUUCAAUGUAAUAAAUAAAUAAAUAGUUUAUUGCUAUCCAGGAAAAAAAAAUUAUUAAUUUGUCUUGUAUCAUAGAGUGGUCCAAGUUGUAAGCACUCUCUAUUAUUAAUAAAAUUUCAUCAUAUUU